ACCUACAAUGCCUCAAACAAUCACUCAAUUCUUUGUUCAUACAUCAAUACUUGUUCUAAUUCUCCAAAGCAUUGUAUGUUUGAGCUUACAAAAUGACACAAUUUCAGCCGGUGUGGUGAUCAGAGAUCCAGAGUCCAUUAUAUCAGCUAAGAAGGAAUACAAAUUGGGAUUCUUUAGUCCUCCAAACACAACCAACCGCUACUUAGGCAUCUUCUUUACCUUCUCCGAAGAAACCGUGAUAUGGGUCGCCAACAGAGACACACCCCUCCAAGAUUCUUCCGGCGCCGUUACUCUAUCCCGAGACGGCAAUCUCGUCGUCUUGGACGGGACCAAUCGAACCAUUUGGUCGACCAAUCUCACCACUACAUCUCCAGUCCUUAAUCCGGUCAUCCAAAUCCUGGACACUGGCAAUCUCGUCUUGUGGGAAGAGGCCUCGGGAAACACGUUGUGGGAGUCUUUCUCGCAUCCUACGGAUGUUAUGAUGCAGGCAAUGACGUUAAGCCAGAACGUAAAGACAGGGGAGCAGGUGCGUCUGACAUCGUGGAAAUAUGCCACUGACCCCUCGAUAGGGAGCUUCACUGGGGGCUUGGACGCCAUGAGCGGGGCGCCACAGCUUGUCACGUGGGACGAGGAGCGCCCGCACUGGAGGAGCGGGCCCUGGAACGGCCUGAUAUUUAUUGGGAUAAAGAUAAUGUUCAGCGCCUACUUAGACGGCUUCAAUCAAGUGAAGAAUGACAGUGAUGGGAAUUUCUUCUAUUCUACGCCGCAGAUAAAUGGUUUUAUAACAGUGGAAUUGAAUUCUUCAGGUACUCUGCUUCGGAAGGUGUGGGAUGGCGUGGCAAAGAGAUGGAACGUGGAAUGGACCGCUCCUGAGAAUGAAUGCGAUGUUUAUGGAAACUGUGGGGAGUUUGGUAGCUGUAAUGUUAUGGAAUCACCUAUUUGUAGUUGUUUGAGAGGUUUUGAGCCUGUAAAUGAGGAAGAAUGGGAGAGAGGGAAUUGGACUAAUGGUUGUAGGAGGAAGAGCCAGUUGCAGUGUGGAGACGAUGGAUUUGAGAGGUUGCGGUAUAUGAAGGUUCCAGACUUUGCUCAACCCUUGCCUUCUAAGGUUCUAGACGAGUGCCGGACCACAUGUCUGAGGAACUGCUCAUGCAUAGCUUAUGCUUAUGAUGGUAACAUUGGUUGUAUGUUUUGGAGUGAUACCUUGAUUGACGCUCAGGAGUUUGGUACUGUUGGUGUUGAUCUUUACCUUCGUCUCUCUCCUUCUGAAUUCGAUAGCCAGAAGGAGAGAAAGCUGUACAUCAUGAUUGGAGUUGCUGUGGGUUUUGUUUUCAUAUCUAUUCUGAUGUUUAUUGCUUGGUGGUUUAUAGUGAAGAGGAAAGGGAGCAAAGCGCAAGAUUCAAUUAUUUUGGAAGCAGGACAGAUGUUCACGACGGAUUCAACUGCAAUCGUACUAAAAAAUGAAUCGAAGGAAGUUAAUAUUGGCGAUUUGCCAAAGUUCACCUUCGAGAUGCUUGCUAAUGCAACAAACCAGUUCCAUGUAGAUAAUCUUCUCGGCAGGGGAGGUUUCGGUCCUGUUUACAGGGGAGUUCUGGCAAACGAAAAAGAAAUUGCUGUGAAAAGACUAUCAGCGGAAUCUGGACAAGGGAUGCAAGAAUUCAUGAAUGAAGUGAUUGUCAUUUCCAAACUCCAACACAGGAAUCUUGUCAAACUGUUAGGAGGUUGUGUUGAGAAAGAAGAGAAGAUUCUGAUAUACGAAUACAUGCCAAACAAAAGCUUAGAUAUAUGUCUCUUUGGUCGUACAAAUCCGACAAAGAAGUUGUUAGAUUGGAAUAUACGUUCCAGCAUUAUCGAGGGCAUCGGGAGAGGCAUUUUGUACCUUCAUAGAGACUCCAGAUUAAGGAUCAUUCACAGAGACCUUAAACCAAGUAAUGUUCUGCUAGACCAAGACUGGAAUCCAAAAAUCUCGGAUUUUGGGAUGGCAAGAAUAUUCGUAGGCAAUGAAGACCAUGGCAGUACCGCAAGAGUUAUGGGAACAUAUGGAUAUAUGGCGCCGGAAUAUGGAAUGGAAGGCAGAUUUUCUGAAAAAUCUGAUGUAUUCAGCUUCGGGGUGCUAAUAUUGGAGAUUGUGAAAGGAGAAAAGAACACACACUAUUUCAAUGAUGAAUUGUCCUUGGGUCUCAUAGGAUGUGCAUGGAAAAUGUGGAAUGAGGGUAACAGCUUGAGUUUCGUUGAGGAAAGCAUUGCAAGUAGGGAGACGGAGGAAGAGAUGGUUCGAUGUAUUCAGAUAGGGCUGCUGUGCGUCCAAGAAUCGCCAAACGAUAGACCUCUGAUCCAAACAGUUCUGUCGAUGUUGAGUGGUGAAAUUUUGAAUCUGCCAGUGCCCAAACAGCCCGUGUUUGCAGAAAAUGGUUCGAACUCGGCCCCCAAUGGAUCAACACAACAAUAUGUCUUCUCCAAUAACGAGCUCACUCUUAGUGCGCUUGAUGGAAGAUGAUUCUUAUCCCAGAUCACUAUAUUAUCCUCUCUUGAUUUACACAAUUUUGUUUUCCUAGAGUUAUUUGUAUUGUUUUUUCACUUUCAUUAGUAAUAAUAAAUAAAUAUCCAUCUUUAAUUAGUACUCCCUCCGUCCACCAUUAGGAGUCUCGUUGACUUGCCCAAUGUAUUUCAUAAUAAGCCAAUCCAUCAAUUUAUCUUGUUUUAGCCUUCUCGC